UCAUGUGUGUUUAAUGGACUUCUUGAAAGAGGUGGAAGGGAAGAGAGUUCAUGACCAUUUUGAGGACAAGAUGAGCAACUCGGUGAAGCUAGUAUGGGUGCCGGGACCCGUGAUAGUCGGCGCCGGGCCUUCGGGCUUGGCUGCAGCUGCUUGCCUAAAAGAGAAGGGUGUCCCAAGCUUGAUACUGGAAAGGGAAAAUUGCAUAGCUUCCUUAUGGAAGCUCAAGACCUAUGACCGGCUUCACCUUCAUCUUCCCAAGCAAUUCUGUGAGCUUCCUCUCAUGUCUUUCCCCUCAAAUUUUCCAACUUACCCUACCAAGCAACAGUUUCUGGCCUACUUGGAGGCUUAUGCCCAACAUUUCAGCCUGAAUCCAGUGUUCAACAAGACAGUGGUGAGGUCCGAAUUUGACGAGGUUUGUGGGUUCUGGAGGGUUAGGAGCUUGGGGAUGAAAACGGAGGAGACUGAGUUUGUGUGCCAAUGGCUGAUUGUGGCCACGGGAGAGAAUGCUGAGGAGGUUGUGCCCAAAAUUGAGGGGAUGAAUGAGUUUGCAGGGCCUAUUGUUCAUACUAGCUUAUAUAAAAGUGGUGAAUCAUUUCAGGGACAGAAUGUCUUGGUUGUUGACUGUGGAAACUCAGCCAUGGAGGUUUGCUUGAACCUCUGCAAUUAUAAUGCCCAACCUUCUCUUGUGGUUAGAGAUUCAGUGAGCUUCUCUCUCUGCCUGUUCCUGUCCACCAAAAUUCUCUUUGUAAAGAAAAGCCCUAAAGAUUCAGAGAACUGCAUCCUAGCCAGGACAGUCAUUAAUCAAUCGUCGAAUAAAAUUCAACUAUUCAAAACAGACAAUGUGUUCCUAGCUGUUCCUGUUCCACAUAUAUAUUCUGUACACAUUGCAGUUCAUUCAUGUUAA